UCGUCGCUGGAACACCGGCAGUGUGUCCAUUCAUUUGUUCCGAAGCGGAAGCACAGCCCGCGGACGUUGUGGGGCUGAGGCCUCGUUGCGGAGACUUGGGGGGGGGGAUCCGGUACCGAGCCCCGACUCUAUAUCGGACUCUACAGGGUGAAGCUGCAAGGUUUAUCAACGUAUAGUUACAUGUCUGCUCUUUGCUAAUUUACAUAUCCGAAGCGUUGCGCAGCUCAGAACUUCACUGUCUAGUCAGUUAAAGGGACAGACUAGCCCGCUAGCUUGAAGGCUAAAUGACCGCCCAUUCAGAAAUAAUGAAUAGUUAGCUAGCUGAAUUAGCGUAUCGGGCUAAAGGGAUAACAAUGGCUAGAUUAGCUCGUAUGAGUUCAGAUAGCUGCGUAUGAAAACUGAUACGGAGCUGUCAGUGUUUAUGGAUCGUAGGAUUAGACGGAGAGGUAGGUAACUUUAUGGUAGCCGUUUGGUAAGUAGUUAGCUGGAUUAAGUUAGCCAGCUGUGUUUAUUCUGAGUGCCGUGCGCGCGCGCUCCCGUACCGUGUCCGAAUGAGAGCGCACGCAGUCGCAUACACACGCCGGAGCCCCGUUCCUCAUGUUGGCUGGUUAGCUUGAUAAACAGUGACUGUCCGUCUGUUUAGCGCGCACCGAGCCGAAUUUCUCCGGUGACUAAGCCCCGUCUCACUGGUCCUUUAGAUGAACCACUGAUGUCCGGAGUGAGGGCAGUGUGAAUUACACAGGAACUGGGUUUUGGGGCUCUGCACUGAGCGCGGUGCAUCAUGGGGAAUACGGUGUCUUGCUGCGUGUCUCCCAGCGGAAGUCCGAAACUCCCGCGACCCACCGAGCGCCUCGAGGACUAUCAGUUAAACGCUGACCUGAAUGAAGACACCGGGCCGUACCUGCAACAUAUCAGCGACCGGGAACUGCCCGAUGAUCUGGCUUUAGAGUCCAAUCCUUCAGACCAUGCUCGGGCUAGCACCAUCUUCCUCAGCAAGUCACAGACAGAUGUCCGGGACAAGAGGAAAAGCAAUCAUAUAAACCACAUCUCUCCUGGACCCCUCUCCAAAAAAUACAGCUCCUGCUCGACGAUAUUCAUCGACGAUAGUACGGUCAGCCAGCCCAACCUGAAAAGCACGUUAAAGUGUGUUACUCUAGCAAUAUAUUAUCAUAUUAAAAACAGGGACUCUGACAGAUCAUUGGACAUAUUUGAUGAGAAGAAGCAUCCUCUGUCUAGGGAGCAAGUUCCUGACGAUUACUCGCGCACAGACCCCGAACACAAGCUCAUCUACCGGUUCGUCAGGACACUGUUCAGUGCUGCUCAGCUCACCGCCGAGUGCGCCAUCGUCACACUGGUGUAUCUGGAGCGGCUUCUGACAUACGCCGAGCUGGACAUCUGUCCAUGUAACUGGAAGAGAAUCGUCCUGGGCGCCAUCUUACUGGCCUCUAAAGUCUGGGAUGAUCAGGCCGUGUGGAACGUAGACUACUGCCAGAUCCUCAAAGAUAUCACUGUAGAAGACAUGAAUGAGAUGGAGAGGCACUUCCUAGAGCUCCUUCAGUUCAACAUCAACGUACCGGCUAGCGUCUACGCCAAGUAUUACUUUGAUCUGCGCUCCCUGGCUGAUGACAACAACCUGAGUUUCCCUCUGGAGCCUCUGAGUAACGAGCGUGCUCAGAAACUUGAGGCGAUCUCCAGACUGUGUGAGGAUAAGUACAAAGAUCUGAGCAGAUCCGCCAUGAGGAGAUCCUUCAGCGCAGACAACCUGGUGGGCAUCCGCAGGUCCAACGCCGUGCUCUCCUAAGACCGUGUCGGCUCCGGUUCCCUCGGUCGACAUCAAGGCCUACUUCAAACGGUCUCCUUCCUGUACUCCGGUAGAGAUCUCUCACCGGUGCCGUCCCCUGCAACAACCAAUGACCCGUCUACAUAGAAACAAAAACUGACUCAAGACUUUUGGGGUUUUUUUUUUUUUUUUUUUUUGCUUUUUGCUUAC